AUGGAACUCAACCGAGAACAUUUUCGCGCCAUAAUUUAUUACAACUUUCAGACGCAAUUAUCUCAACGAGAAUGCCUUGCUGAGUUACUGUCUGUUUUCGGCAACGAAGCGCCACAUCAGUCGACAAUUUCCCUCUUAAGCGACGAUCCCAGGGUGGGUGCACCAAAAACGGCAGUCACCCAGGAAAACGUCGAUGCUGUGCGCAAACUCAUCAUUGAAGAUAGACAUGUGACAUAUCGCGAGAUUGAGGCAAAAUUAGUUUCUCGUUGGAUACCCCACCUGUUGACUGAAGAGCAGAAAGCAGCCUGGGUUAAUUGUGGUGAUGAAUCGUGGAUUUACUGUUAUGAACCAGAAAAUAAACGACAGUCGGUUGUUUGGGUGUUCCAAGGUGAAGAAAAGCCAACAAAAUUCAUCCGUUCUCGAAGUGUUUCAAAAAAGAUGGCAGCGACAUUUGUGUCAAAAGCGGGUCAUAUUGCAACAAUUACUCUUAAUGAGCAAAGAACUCUUACUACGGAUUGGUAUACCACUAUUUGUUUGCCAAAAGUGAUCACCGAGCUUCGAAAAAUCAACCCCGAAAGAAGAAUCAUCCUCCACCAAGACAAUGCAAGCUCGCACACAGCCCAAAAAACAAGGCAGUAUUUAACGGAAUUAUUGGACCAUCCUCCAUAUAGUCACGAUCUAAGUCCUAACGAUUUCUUUACUUUCCCGAAAAUUAAAAACAGACUGCGUGGUCAAAGGUUCACCAGAAGAAGCACCAUGCAGAUGUGUAUUAAUCUUCGUGGAGAAUACUUCGAAAAACAAUAA